CUCUCUCUCUCUCUCUCUCUCUCUCUCUCUCUCUCUCUCUCUCUCUCGUCCAUCCGAAAUUUCAAGCCAACCAAACAUCUCCAAGUACCGGUUUUCCAAAUACCCAAAAGGUGGCCUUUUAAUUCUUGUACGGACCAUUCCAUAGGGUUUCUUUCUUCUUUUUUGGAAAUUCAUAAUCGGAGGAGUGGCGGUGAGGCUAAUGUGAACCGGUGGUUGGGUACCUAUAAUAAGAAAAGGGAAGGCGGCGGCGGCGGUGGUGGUAUGAUCAGGGGCGUACACGUGGAGGGUGAAGAUGGCGGCGGAGGUAAUAGGAGGAAGCAGGUGGGGGACAUGGGUUGAGCUCCUGUUGGCUGGGGCCAUUCUAAGAUACGGGACCCGUAACUGGAACCAGGUCGCGGAGGAGCUCCGAGCCAGAACCGUUUGUCCCUACACUUUCACGCCUGAGGUUUGUAAAGCCAAAUAUCAUGACUUGCGAAAGCGAUACUCGGGUUCUAAGGCUUGGUUUGAAGAUUUGCGGAAGAAACGAAUGGAAGAGUUGAGACAAGCGCUGAAACAAUCCGAAGACUCAAUAGGGUCAUUGGAAUCGAAGCUUAAAUCUCUCAAGGCAGAGAAAGAAGAAGAUGGUUACAACAAUUACGACUCCAGCCAGACAGAAUCACCUGUCGCUUAUAGAAAAUCAAAGAGACAUUACCCAUCUGUCAAAGAGGCAUUUAAGGACGAGCCAUCAGCCGGCAGUUUUACAUGUGAAGCAUUGGCAAGCUGCUCGCCCGAAUGCCAGAUACUGGUGACAGUGUCAGCUGAAGAAACGGAGACUAAAAGAGAAGCUUCGCACUCUUCCGAACUUGAGAAAAUCUCAGGCAUCGAGAAGUUGGUAGGGACUUUGUAUGUAGGACUAGGAGGGACUCUACGAAAGAGACGCGGUAAACGAAAGAGGAAGAAUUGUAGUCGGGAUGUCAAGGAAGGCAGCAUCGGAGAGUGCGGCUUUUUGGAUUCUACUGAUGCUGCAACUACCUUGCGGUGUAUAGAAAAUUCAACCAGCGAAUGUCCCGAGGAAUUUGGAUCGUCAGGCGCAGGCGAUUGCAAUAGAGGUUCGACCAAGGAUGGGAUUGACGAGUUGCAGGAUGUUUUCAAUUCAAUUUCGGAGCAUAAAAGUGCCUCUCUCUUUCGUCAUCGACUUGAUAGCCAGAAGAGACGAAGAUAUAAGAAAUUGAUCCGUAGGCACAUGGAUUUCAACACAAUAAGAUCGAGGAUUUUCAAUCGCUCUGUCAUGUCAGUUAAGGAACUCUUUCGAGAUCUUUUGCUGCUGGCAAACAACGCCUUGGUGUUUUACUCGAAGAACACGCGUGAAUACAAAUCCGCUUUGCUUCUCAGAGACAUCACCACAAAAACAAUGCGGCAGCAUUUUAAGGACUUUAGCAGCAAGGCAACCUCUGCCAACCUCUCCUCAAAUGCACUAGUGUGUAAUACACCGGUUAAACCCCGGAGUGCUCGCCCUGGCAACCGGAAGUUUUCAGGAAAGGUUAGCAAUGCUGGAAACGUGGCUGCUAAGGCAUCAAACAGAAGUAAGAACGCCAGUCAUGCUAAUGCUGAUUCUUCUCCUUCGGUUGAAUCUUUCGCUGUGACAAAGAAAGCCUCCUGUCACCCUAGAAAAGUUGGACGUAGAAGUAGUCAACAAAAUGUAACUCCGGCGAGGGGAAGGAAAAGAGGUUGUACAAAGUAGAUGCAGCCGUAAAUUGAUUCAGAAAAUUGGGUGUAGGGACUCAGAGCGUAUGCAGGUCUUGUGUACAGAAGUUUCCUUUUUUUGUGCAAAAUGUCCAAAUAUUUCUGGUUCCUUUCCUUUGUUUGGUAGAUGGACUCGUUCUAGUUUUGGAUAGGCCCAUAUGGAAAAGGUUUACUCUACAUGUUGUCCUUCUGGGUUUGCAUCCUCUUGCAGGCUCGUAGCAGCUCUAUAUAGCUAAGACUAGAUUUGGGUUCAGUGUAUAUUUACAUAUUUCUAUACAUUUUAAAACUUAAAUUA